AUGAAGUUCAUGAAGUCACUCCUGGUGGCCACUCUGGCUGCGAGUGGCUUGGCCAUCACCACUCGCACGGAUUCCAUGACCAGCGGCAACCCCAUCCGGAAGGUGGUGUCAAUGAUGGAGAAGAUGGCCGAUAAGAUUGAGGAUGAAGCAAAGAAGGAGGCCGACCAGUACGACAAGUUCGAAUGCUACUGCAAGAAGACCAUAGCCGAGUUGGAGGAGAACAUCCGUCAAGCAGAGACGAACCCGGUGUCUCAGGCCGACAUCGAUAAGAAGAAAUCCGAGAUCGCUGGGUUGCAGCAAGAGUUGAAGACUUUGAAGGAGGACCGCAUCGCAGAGGAAGAGACUCUGAAGUCCGCGGAGAUGCAGCGCGGGAAGGCCGGAGGUUUUUCCAUCGUGGCCGAUGAGACGGACGCACUGGGGUUGGCAAGAUGA